AUGGGAUUGUGUUUUAGCAAAAACUCUGCCUCCAAAAAUAACGUAGAGAAGACAAAGAAGAAAAAUAAUUAUGUUUAUGGUACUAGAACAACACGGGAUAGCACAACUUGUAGUAGUGGAAGUGUGGCUUAUAUAUACGGGCUAGCGGCUACUGGAGGCGGUGGUUGUGGUGGUGGAGGUGAUGGUUGUGGAGGAGGUGGUGGUGGUUGCGGUGGAGGUGGAGGUGGUGGUGGUUGCGGUGGUGACAGUGGUUGUGGAGGAGGUGGCGGUGGUUGUGGAGGAGGAUGCUAG